GGUAUGUCUGGCUUGUUUGAAAUAAUAUUGGUUGUGUUAAAGUUAGUGCGUGGCUUCCCAAAGAAGUAACUUGAAGUCACAUAUUUAACAUAAAGCAAUUUCAUUACGUGAAGUAAACACCAAUCCCGAUACCUCUGAUUAAAAGGGUUUCAGGUGUUGGGAACCUUUAAAAAUACUAACCGGGUUUGUCUGUGAGGGUGCACUAAACGGUUAGGCCUCUGAGCGUCGCUGUUGACCACUUAAGGAGGAAAACGCAGCUAGGGAGCUAGUCCACCAUUACUUUGUUCAUAAAAAGCAAAAAGCCAGCAAAUUAGACCCAGAAGAUCCAGGCUGUUACCAAGCUGACCCUGUCAGUCAACCAGCUCUGUGAUCUAUGAAUUAGGCCCAUGAAAAGCUUAGUUCAUUGAGAAAAUAAGAGUGGAGUCUAUCGUGGGAAAUUGGAACCGAAUUCAGGAAAAAAAAAAAAAAAUUCACCAAAAAGGAAAUGACCGAUUACAUGAGAUUCAGAAACAGUGGAGGACUGGCCCUGCUGUGUGCAUUCCUGGGGACGCUGUGCAAGACUGGAUCCGGGCAGAUCCGAUACUCGGUGCCCGAGGAGCUGGACAAAGGGUCCUUCGUGGGCAACAUCGCUAAGGAUCUCGGGCUGGAGCCCCGGGAGCUGGAGGAGCGCGGAGUCCGCAUCGUCUCCAGAGGUAGGACGCAGCUUUUCUCUCUGAAUCCGCGAGGCGGCAGUUUGGUCACCGCGGGCAGGAUAGACCGGGAGGAGCUCUGCGCUCAGAGCGCGCUGUGUCUAGUAAAAUUUAACAUCUUGGUUGAAGACAAAUUGAAAAUUUUGGAAGUAGAAAUAGAAAUUAAAGACAUUAAUGAUAAUGCUCCUAAUUUUCUAACAGAAGAAUUAGAAAUAAAAAUUGGUGAAUUAACGGCCACAGGAACUCGAUUUCCACUUAAGACUGCAUUUGACCCAGAUGUGGGCAUAAACUCUCUGCAGAACUACCAGCUCAGCCCCAAUGACUACUUCUCCCUGGAGGUGAAGAGUGUCUCUGAUGGGGCCAAGUAUCCAGAGUUGGUGCUAGAGCGGGCUCUGGACCGUGAGGAAAAGGAAGUUCAUCAUCUUAUUCUCAUUGCCUCUGAUGGUGGUAACCCUGUCCACUCUGGCAACUUGUGCAUCCAAGUGAUAGUUCUGGACGCAAAUGACAAUCCACCAGUGUUUACUCAGCCUCAAUACCGAAUAAGUGUUCCAGAGAAUUUGCCAGUGGGCACUCGGCUGCUCACGGUGAAUGCCACCGACCCUGAUGAGGGAUUCAAUGCUCAAGUGUCCUAUACACUAGAUGAAAUGCCUGGGAAAAUUGCUCAGAUUUUUUACCUUAACUCAGUGACAGGAGAUAUAUCAAUAUUAAAAAGCCUAGAUUAUGAGGAUGCUAUGUUCUACGAAAUUAAAGUUGAAGCACAAGAUGGACCAGGUCUUCUUUCGAUAGCAAAGAUUCUAGUCACAGUUCUGGAUGUGAAUGACAAUGCCCCAGAAGUCAUGAUCACUUCUUUCACAGGAUCAGUUCCAGAAGAAGCUACCGCUGGAAGAGAAAUUGCCCUUGUCAAUGUGCAUGACCGAGAUUCUGGACAGAAUGGGCAAGUCACAGUUUUUGUCCUGGGAAAUAUGCCAUUUAAUUUGGAAAAAUCAAUAGACCAAUAUUACCGCUUAGUGACAGCCAAGUCCCUGGACCGUGAACAGUUUUCUGAAUAUAACCUCACUCUGAGAGCAACAGAUGGGGGAAAUCCACCUCUGUCCACCGACACUCACUUCACCGUGCAUGUGGCAGACAUCAAUGACAAUCCACCUACCUUCACUUAUGCCUCCUACUCUGCCUACAUUCCGGAAAACAACCCCAGGGGAGCCUCCAUCUUCUCCAUUACUGCCCAGGACCCUGACAGCACGGAAAACGCCCACAUCACUUAUGCACUGGCUGACGAUACCGUCCAGGGGGCGCUUCUCUCCACCUACCUCUCCAUCAACUCCGACACCGGUGUCCUCUACGCUCUGCGCUCCUUCGACUAUGAGCAAAUUAGAGACCUGCAGCUACUGGUGACAGCCAGUGACAGCGGGGACCCUCCCCUCAGCAGCAACGUGACUCUAAACCUUUUUGUGCUGGACCAGAACGACAACUCGCCAGAGAUCCUGUACCCCGCUCUCCCCACUGAUGGUUCCACUGGCGUGGAACUGGCACCCCGCUCUGCAGAACCCGGAUAUCUGGUCACUAAGGUGGUGGCAGUGGACAAAGACUCGGGCCAGAACGCCUGGCUGUCCUACCGCCUACUCAAGGCCAGCGAGCCAGGGCUCUUCGCGGUGGGGCUGCACACAGGAGAGGUGCGCACGGCGCGGGCCCUGCUGGACAGAGACGCCCUCAAGCAGAGCCUGGUGGUGGCCGUCCAGGACCACGGCCAGCCCCCUCUCUCGGCCACUGUCACGCUCACUGUGGCAGUGGCUGACAGCAUCCCAGAUAUUCUGGCCGACCUGGGUAGCUUAGAGAUCCCGCAGGACUCUGACACCUCAGGCCUCACGCUGUACCUCGUGGUGGCAGUGACUUCGGUCUCCUGCGUCUUCCUUGUCUUUGUCAUUGUGCUGUUGGCGCUCAGAGUGAGGCGCUGGUUUACGUCACGCCUCCUCCAAACUUCAGGAGGCAAGCUGGUACACGUGCCCACCUCGCAGUUUGUGGGCGUGGACGGGGUGCGGGCGUUCCUGCAGACUUAUUCCCACGAGGUGUCCCUUACGGCGGACUCACGGAAUAGUCACCUGAUCUUCCCACAGCCCAACUAUGCAGACACGCUUAUCAGCCACGAGAGCUGUGAGAAAAGUGAGCCUCUCCUGGUAUCUCAUGACUUACUUGAAGCAAAAGAAGACCCCAAGCUACUUCAGGUGAGUAUAUUUUUUGAAUAUUAUAAAGAACAAUUGUGCCAGUGAGGUUAUUAUAAAUCUUUAAUACACAUUUAUUUGAAAAUAAAGCAGUAUGGUAGUCCAGUUGUUUAAAUAUUUGUUCCUCUCUCCUUCUGGGCCUAUGAUGGGGUACACUUCCAAGUUUCAUAUGGCUGAGUGGGCCUAUGUAACUAGUUCUGGCCAAGACAUUGUAAGUGGAAGAAGGUUUGUGUCUUCUUGGAGGAAGGUCUAGUUGCCAUUAUGAGAAUUUCCAAAUCUCUAAGAUACUCUUUGGAAUUUUGACUGAUCUUUCUAACUGGUUCUUGAAGCACUACAAUGAAAGCAGAGCCCUGUGGUUGACCCAACAUUGACCUGUAUACUUAUAACAAAUAGACCUUUUUAAUUUUAAAUCUCUGUAGUUUGGAGUUUGUCUGUAACUCCAGCGUACCUAGCCUAUCCUGACUGAUACAAACAAGUAAAAAAAUAGGUAUAAAUACUAGGUAUUUUAGGCUCCCAUAGAAUGUUGCUUAACGUCUUCCAAGCCAAACCACUCUCUUCAUCUCAAUGACAUAAAU